AUGUCCCCGUUGCAUCGUUACAACCGAGUGAGCCGGCCGUCAUCACCGCCGUAUGCAGACACAUCCGUGGACAGAGCUGUAGCAAGGUGCAUCUACAACGAAGAUCCUUUCGAGUUUGCUAGAGAAGUAGAUACUGAAUAUCGCAAACUAUGUGAGGAACUCAUCGAACGAGUUGGGAACCGAUUUGUCUCCGCUGAAGUACAACGGAUGCAACAUCGGCUUGUUGCGAACGACAGCGAUGCAUCUUCGCUGACUCCGUCUGCGGUAGUGUCCGGUGGAUUUGGUCGUCCGUCGUUAGAUAGGCUUUCCGUAGGUAGCACUGUAUCAGUUGGGCAGUACUCAAUGACGGGCAACUCGCCACUUCGGAUCAUUCCCGAAUUGCAUAAACUUUGA